AGUUUUUCAAUGCUUAUAACGAUGAUGAUGACAUUGAAUAUUCUAUUAGUCGAUGGCAAUACAUAUUUGAUAAUACAUGGUAAUAAUCAAACUGAUUGGAGUAGAAUACGUUUUCCAUAUAAAUCUGUAUAUGAUUUACCGAAUACAUUACACUGUCAACAAAGUGUUAUAAAUAACUUUCAUCAAUGUGAAAUUGAACAUCAUGAAAAAUGGGAAGUAUCUAUCGAUAGUUAUUUUUAUGAAACAAGAGAAUUUUGUUGUUUUGUUUGGCAAACAAUGGAUUGUGAAAUAGAACAAGCAAAAAGAUGUAAUAAAGAUUAUUCAGAAAAAAUAGAAACAAAUACUAAAGAAACAUUUACAAAAGUUUGUAAUAAAGUUGGUACUGGUCAUAAAAGUAAUUGGUGUUUUUGGGAUAAAAAAACAAAAAUGAUUGCUGGUAUUAUUAUUGGUGUUGUUCUAUUUCUUAUUGCAGUAGCUGUUGCUGCUGGAUGUGGAUAUAAAUAUUUUAAAAAAUAUCAAGAUAAAAAAAUACAAAAUAUGGAAAAUUCGUAUAAAAUACAAAUGGAAAAUUUUAAAAAAAAAAUAGCUGUAGAGAAUCGAGCUUAUUUUGAUGCAAAUUUUCCUGAUUCUAAAUUACAACGAACUACUUCAUUACCAACGGGAUCAACAUCACCACAAGUAAAAGCUUUAGCGCGAUCAAAAUCAUUACCAUUGCAUAUGGAUCCAAAUAUGCAAACACCAGAUAUACCAGAUAAAGAAUUAUUUUUUGGCCGUGCUAAUGUGACGGAUACUUCAUCGAUGAUUGUUCCAGCAACAACCCCAACAACAACAGCAACAGUACAAAGAGGUGGAAGCUUACCAGCACGUUUAGAUCCAAAUAUGCCAACACCAGAUAUACCAAAAAGAGAACUUUUUCCUAUUAGAGCUAAUUUAACGCAUUCUCAAUCGGCGAAUGUACCAGGAACAACAACAAGACCAGGAUUAUUACAAAGAGCAGAUUCAAUGCCAAUAAAUGCACCAAUAAAAGCACCAAUUUUCAAGCAAGCACCACCACCAACAUCAUCAAUAGCAGCAUCAGCAUCAUCAUCAUUAUCUGGAUCAUUAUCAGGAGCACCAGCACAAGCACCAGCAGCAACACCAGCAUCAUCAAUAGCAUCAUCAUCAUCAUCAUUAUCAGGAGCACCAGCAGCAGUACCAGUAGUAACUCAAGCACAAGUACAUAUAUCAGCAGAUGAAAUUGCAAGAAUUCAAAAUUUAAUGGACAUCGAUAGAACAUUUUAAAAAAAAA